CCAACCAAAAAAAAAAUAGAAGUUUGGAAAGAUAUAUCUAAUAUUUUUUUAAAAAAAGGUUUAAAUGUGUCAUGGGCAAACAUCCAAAAAAAGUGGAGUAACCUAGGUGUAACCUAUAAAAAAAUUAUGGAUAACAAUAAUUCAACAGGAAGAGGUCGAAUAUCUUGGCCAUACUUUCACCUUUUAAAUGAUAUAUUGGGAAAUACAGGAACAAUAGUACCGGUUUCGGAGCUUGUAAAUUCUUCUGAUAAUAGAAAACAAAACAAUGAAAAUGAAACAGAAGAACAAAACAAGACAAUUUCUGAAAUUAGUUUAUCAAACAAUAAAACAGAAGAAAAAAUAAAGAAAAAAAGAAAGAUACCAGAAUGGGCUCAAGAAAUCUUGAGCAAUCAAAGGAAAAAGGCAAAAGCUGAUGCGGAGCAUCAGGAUCGCAUGGCAAAACUUUUGCAAGAAAAUAUUAACGAAAACAGAAAAAGAACUGACAUAUUAACAAAACUAGUUAAUAUAUUAGAAGAAAAAUUAAAAUAAAUAAAAUAUUUUUGCUUGGAAACAAAUAAAAAUUGUUCUACAUAUAUAUUGCUUACUUUUUUAUAAGUGCAAGUGAAACAACAUAUAUGAUCAUAUUUUAAAUAUUUGAAUAAUGCAGUUAAUUUCAAAAAUUUUGUAUAAAUAUCUUAUCAAA